GCAUGGAAGAAAACAUGAGGACAUGGUAGAGAACCUUGUCUCUAAACAUGUGGAGGAGGCUUCUGCUAAAGGGCACCACCUGUCUGUCCCAGGUGGGAGUCCAGAAGGUUAUCCACCAAAGACAUUACUCUUCCUUCUGUUUGCUUAAACACUGUGGCCAUUUCAGAUCUGCAAACGUGCUCUUUAUGUUAAAGCCCCCGUGUGGAGGUUUAAACCAUAGCGGGAGCAGGUCCUACAAAAAGGAUGUAAAGUCCACAGUCGAGUUCCCACUUAGUCCCAUCACAGUCACAGACAUUAAGCAGUACCUCCGUUCUAAAGACAUUCCGUUCCACGAUGGUUACAGUUGUCUCCACGCUCCCAGCAUCUUUGUGGACGCUCACACCAGAAAGGACAGGUACUCUCUGUUCAUCGACAAAACCACUGGUCAGUUUUUGUGCAUGGACACUCAAGUGGAAGGCAGCUGGGAGGACCUGCAGGACUGUCUGGAGGUCAUGCAGAAAGAGGAGCAGGACUUCCUCACUCCUCAUGUGCUACUUGGGUACCCAGAGAGUCUGGAGGAGCAGGAGCAGCGGGAGUGGGAUCAGAGGGAGGUCCAAAAUAUCUGGUCCAGCUCUGUUCCUUUCUCAGACCUCUCUGAUGACGAAGCUCAUCUGAUAAAAGCGAUGUUCCAGAUUGCAAAAAUCUCCAACGCCACAUUGAAGAGGUUUGGAGUACGUCUCUUCAAGCCAACUAAGAGCCUAGUCUUCCCCUGGUUUGGUGGACCGAACCUUUCCUUAAAGGGUCUAAAGCUCCUCUCAGCUCAGAGAACUGAUACAGAUCAGGUUAUUUACAAUGAAGCUGUGGUUCCGAGAUGCAACUCCUACUUCAACCUGUUUGGCCUCCCCCUUGUAAGCCGCCUGGACUCUGAGGUAGUUUUGACGGGUCGAGAGCUGGACACUCUUGCAGUAAACCAAGCUACUGGACUUCCCAGCGUUGCACUGCCACGUGGGGUCAGCUGCCUACCACCCAUCCUACUGCCAUACUUGGAACAGUUUAAGAAGGUCACUCUGUGGCUAGGAGGUGACAUGCGCUCUUGGGAGGCAUCAAAGAUCUUCUCCCGUAAGCUGGGUCUGAGGCGCUGCUCGCUGGUGAGGCCAGGGGAGUAUCGGCCCAGUCCUGCAGAGGCUCUGGCUGAGGGGAAGAACCUGAGCCGCAUUGUGAAGGCUUCCAUUCCUGCGGCUCACAAGUCCAUCGUGUCUUUCAAGCAACUGAGAGAAGAUGUGUAUGGGGAGCUGGUCAACACAGAGCAGGUGGCUGGAGUCAAGUGGGCUAGAUUUCCAGAACUCAACAGGAUCCUGAAGGGCCACAGAAAAGGAGAGCUCACAGUUUUCACAGGUCCCACCGGCAGUGGAAAGACCACGUUCAUCAGCGAGCUGGCCCUGGAUCUGUGCAUGCAGGGGGUCAACACGCUGUGGGGAAGCUUUGAGAUCAACAACGUCCGUCUGGCUAAGAUCAUGCUGACCCAAUUUGCCAUGCAAAGACUGGAGGAGAACUUGGAGCAGUACGACUUCUGGGCUGACAAGUUUGAGGAGCUGCCUCUUUACUUCAUGACCUUCCAUGGCCAACAGAAUAUCAAGACUGUUCUUGACACAAUGCAGCAUGCGGUGUACCUAUAUGACAUCAACCACGUCAUCAUCGACAACCUGCAGUUCAUGAUGGGGCAGGAAAACCUCUCUGUGGACAAGUUUGCUGUCCAGGACCACAUCAUUGGAAACUUCAGGAAGUUUGCCACCAACACAAGUUGCCAUGUGACUCUGAUCAUUCACCCGAGAAAGGAGGAGGAUGACAGAGAGCUGCAGACGGCCUCUAUUUUUGGUACUGCUAAGGCCAGUCAAGAAGCCGACAACGUACUCAUCCUCCAAGAGAAGAAGCUGGUUACGUGCCCGGGUCGACGAUCCCUACAGGUGACCAAGAACCGCUUCGAUGGAGACGUGGGCAUCUUCCCCCUGGACUUCAUCAAGUCCUCUCUCACCUUCGCCACUCCGAUGAAGGGGAAACACAAGCUGCGGAAAGUCACGGUCAAGCCAGAGAGCGAGGAGGGGAGUGAAGCAGAUGUUAAGAAGAGCGAGGUGAAAAAAGAGAAGGCGACCAAACCAACCAAGAAUCCACGUCCUGCGAAGAAUCCCGCUGCAGAUCUUGGACCCUCUCAAACUCAGACUUGAAUCCACCUCAUACAUGGAGUUUCAAGAUGCCAGGGAAAAAGUCAUAGUAAUUCUGAUAUCGGUAUAAAAAUGUUUCUACUACUUACAUUUAAUCAUUGAUUAAGUGAAGCCUUCACAACACAGGUGGGUGUCAUAAGAGCAGUGUUGUUAAGCAAUGACUUGUUUUUCCUCUGUUCUGAAAACACUGACAGUCACAGUGUUCAUGUUGAUCAUAUCUUUUUAUAUAUGCACUUACUAAACUCAUGAACUAGAUGACUGACUUCUCGACUGACAUUUGU